AUGGUCACUCGUGGCGCGUCCGAGCAAGAGAAGAAAGCGCUGGUCGUUUCCCCCAAGUACGCGCCCCCCGCGUUGACCGACAAGUGGCGCGCGGCAUUCUCGAAGGCAACGCAGCGGUUGGUGGAGGUAGACGCGCGCGGGCAGCGGCAGGUGGUGCAGGCGGAGACGCAGAAGCAGCUGGCGGAAGACCGCGCGCGCGGGCGCUGGCAGGUCAUGUGGGAGCGGACGCGCGAGUGGCUGGCGAAGGAGCGCGCGCGCGGGCAGGUAAAAGUGGCGCGGGCGCACGAGAAGGAAAAGGUGGCGGCGGAGAGAGCGGAAGGGCGGUGGGCGUUUGUGAAGGCGAAGGGGGAGCAGCGGAUCACCGCGGCGAGGGUGCGCGGGAUGUACGGCGUGGCGCGCGCGAGGGCGAACGAGCGGCUUACUCAAGUGAGGGCGCAGGGGCAGUGGCAGGUGGCGUGGGCCAACGCGCGAAAGAGACUUGCGCAGGCGGAAGGCACGGUCAAGGCGCGCAACGGUGUUGCGCAGGCGGAGGUGGACGCGCGCCUGGCGCAGGAGAAGGCUCGGGAGCGGUUGCAGGUGGCGAGCGCGCGUGAGCGGGCGCGGAUGGCGGAGGAGCAGGCCAAGGGGCGCGUGAUGCUGGCGAGCGCGCGGACGAACCGGCAGCUGGCGAAGGAGAGAUUGCGCGGGCGCGUGAAGGUGGCGUGGGCAAAAGCCAAAGAGCGCAUUGAGAAGGAGCGCGCCAAGGGGCGGUGGGCCGUGACGUGGGCCAAAGCGAACGAGGCGCUGGCGCGGGAAAGGUCGCGCGGCAGGUGGGACGUGCUGGUGGCGUCCUCGAGGCAGCGGCUGGCGGAGGUACGGGAGAAGGGGCGGCUUGAUGUGGCGUGGAGUGGUUGGAAGUGGUUGGAGGAGCAGCAGUGGCCGAGAAGACAGAAGAGAAUCGCCAGCCCUCUGUCGAAGUUGGGCAAUGGCGCCAAGAUCAUCGACCUGUGA